AUGCCUUCCUCCUUAAUGGGUCUGUUUUCUUCUAGAGUAUACCCCGCCGCCGCCGCCGCCGCCGCCGCCGCCGGCGGCAGAUCUCGGAUCCUGGUUUCUUUGACAGCGUCUCUCAAUAAUCAUUUCAUUCACCGGAAAACAGAUGCACCGUCUUCUUCAAUUUCUCCUAGUUAUGUUUCUAGCCAUUGUGCUGGGAUACAUACCAAGAGCAUUUCCGGCGAAUCUCCACCACCACCACCACCACAUGCAAGAACAAGAACCACCUCCUCGCCAUGGCUGAUGCUGCCGCCGCAGUUCGUCGCCGGAGACAUGAUCUACAAGUUCUACAGCCUCGCCGACGAAAAAGUCCUCAGCUUCAACAAGCGCCGCGGCGGCGGCGGCGGCGGCCCAGACGACAACGCCUAUCUGGUGGGAUCUUCGCACGGGUGGCUGAUUUACGUCAACAGAUCCGACAAGAACAUGUUCCUAACCUACCCCAUCUCCGGCCGCCACGUAAAGCUUCCUUCCCUCCACACCUUACCACCACCCAUCCCCAAAAAAAACAAAGUGAGCAACGUCAUCAUCUCGUCAUCCUCCCCCGACGGCAACGACGACCAACACCACUGCCGCGCCGUGAUGGGUUGCCGAGAUGGAGUACUUGCCUACUGCGUUCCGGGUCGGAGCUCCAAGUGGACCCGACUCAGCGGCCUAACUUACGAAUCAUUUGUUUACUCCGCCAAACAAAAGCUCUUCUUCGCCCUCAACGAGGGCGAUCAAGAAGUCGAGGCUUGGCAUCUCAUCGACCCGAAGCAUUCGGUUUACGCCGCCAAACGAAAGCUCUACAUCGAUGUCGAUGGGAAGGCCUAUUCGGCUUCCAAAGAGUUUGACGUGGCCAAGAUAUGGAUGCGUCAGUUCUUGGUCACCACGGAAUAUUCCGAUGACCUUUUCGCCGUCAGUCAAUACAUCAUGGAACGAAUGGGGCCCGACGGUUUGCCCGUUGUUCCUCUCACGGCUUUUUCCGAUGAUGACGACGAUGUCCCUGAUAGGACCGUUGGUUUCGAUGUUCAUAAGUACGAUCCGGUGGGUAGGGUUUUCAAGUACAUUGACCCGACCCGUGGUGGGCCGCCCCAUAAGUAUGACCCCGAGAUUAAAGCUUUGAAGUACGGUGGCGGUGGUGGUGGAGGCUCCUCGUUGGAAGGUCUCGCUUUCUUCAUCGGUGCCAAUCACGGGUUUGCUCUAAGGGCGGACGAAUACCCCGGACUGAAACCUAAUUCGAUUUAUUUUACGUGUACGGGAAAGAAUGCACCGUUGAAUAAUUUCAACUAUGGUGAGCAUGAUGUAGGCAUUUUCAACUACGAAGACGGCACAUUUUCGUCGUGCUAUUAUCCACGUGAUUAUGGAAGCAUUAAACAUAUUAAUAUCUCCAACAUGGUUCACUCCAAGCCCCGACGCCGCCGCACUUUAAUUUAG